GUUUUGAUGGUGAGUCUGGACGAGAUGGAGAACCAGGUUUCGCUGGCCUGCCAGGUGAUAGAGGCUACCCAGGUGCCCCUGGAGAUAAUGUCAUCGGACCUAAAGGAGAGAGAGGCAGCCCUGGCGUGGAUGGACUUCCAGGUCAAAUUGGAUUUCCUGGGGAUCCAGGUCGCAGAGGUGAAAAGGGUCUGCCCGGACUGGGUCCUGAUAUCGUCGGUCCAAAGGGUCUACCUGGUCCAGCAGGAGAUAUUGGUGAUGCUGGCACCCCCGGUUCUCCUGGGUUGCCUGGUUUAGAUGGAGAGGAAG